GCAGAUGCUCGCAAGAGCGCGGGCUGGUUCGGCCUUAGAUUCCCCACGUCCGUCGGACGCGGAGCUGCACCGCGCUUGUCGCCUGUCAGAGUUGCAUGUUUGGCCAUCGCCGUGCCGUGGGCAGGGCCCGGCUGGCGCACCAGCUCCUUCAAGAUAAUGGAGUUUCUUGUGUCUUCAAAGAACAUUGAGAAUGCCUCUUCUCAACAGGGGGAAAGUGAUGAUGAUGUUGAGUUUGUUGGUGAAGGUGUAUUGAGACCUGUCUUGGACUGCAUCGACCUCAGUAGCGGUGAUGAAGACUGUAGCAUCUCUUCCAAUAAUAAUGUAAAGAGCAAAGACCCCAUCGAUUAUCAGAAGGAAAAGGUUGAUUCCACCCUAGAUCGCCUGGCACGUCACGUAGAGAUAGAGAAACAACUGAAAGAAGAGAAAAAUAAAGCUUUCAAGGAAAAACUGGAUUCUCAACAUGCUCAUGGACUACAAGAGCUGGAAUUUAUCCAGGCGCAUACUAACACAGAAGCAGCAAGAUUAUGUGUGAACCAGUGGCUAAAAAUGCCAGGUCUCCAGCCAGGCAGCGUAAACUCUGGAAGAAGAGCAUUUCCUCAGGGAUCAGGCCAAACAACAUCUAACAGUAAAUCCAUUUUAUGCCCCAUAAUGAAUUGCAACAGAAAGUUUGACAAUGGGCAUCUUCUCCUAGGCCACCUUAAAAGGUUUGAUCAUUCUCCAUGCGAUCCAUCAGUUACAUUACAUGGACCUCCAGCCAAUGCCUUUGCCUGCAUAGUCUGUAAUAGAAGAUUUUCCACCUCUCAACAAUAUAGUGAUCACCUUUUGUUUCAGGCAGGUGAAAAUGAUGGCCAUGAAAGAAAGUACCCUCCUCAGCAUAUUCAGUGCUUUGCCUGUCCAUGCUGCUUCCUCCUCUUUAGCAUAAGAGAUGAGUGUCUGCAGCAUAUGUCUGGGAAGAAUCAUUUUUUCCAGGCUUUUAAGCUGACUGGUAAACCAGGCAACCCACUUCCUUUGGCUUUCCCAACCUACGCAAAGAAUCUUCUAAUCUCCUUGUGCAAAGAAGUGCCUUUCCAAGUGAAGUGCACAUCCUGCCAUCAGGUGUUGGCUUCCCAUGUGGAGCUAACUGCUCACUUCAGAACUCGAUGUCGUAAUGCUGGUCCGAUAGCUCUGUCAAAGAAAAGUAUCUCCCAGGUCGCUGAAAUAUUUAAAGCCAACGGUUUCUGUCACAGCUGUGGCAGACUGUUUGCCAAUGACAAUGAAAUCAGUCAGCAUGUUUCCGAAACUCUACACAAGGUUAAAGUUUUCACCACAAUGGAAGAAUCUGUCUUGAUGAUCUGUCAUGUCAGUGGAGGGACUAAAAAUGCUCCUCAACAACAGAAGAGUGUAAGCCUUUUAAAAUCCUCUCCUCUGAAAAGACCUUUGGACUCCAGUGUAUCAGUUGGUGAUGAUAGAGAAACCAUUUCAAAACGAAAAAAGGAUUUGGAAGGCAAAAGCCAAGAGGUUAGCAGUGCUCAAACUGUUAAAACCUGGGUAUGUCAGUGUGAUCUGGCAUUUCCUUCUGAGGAGUUGGUAGGAAAACAUAUUUUUUCUGAAAACAGAAUCUGCCACAAAUGUGGGGUUUGUGGGAAGUUUGCUGAAAGUUCAAGCAUCAUCCGUUUGCACAUGAGCCGGUUCCAUGGAGGAGCACAUUUGGCUAACUUCGUCUUCUGGUGUCGGGCUUGCAAUGUACCCCUUCAAAAGGAGGAGGAUGUUAUGGCCCAUGUGACAGAACUUCAUGGUGGCCACAACUACUAUUGUGAGAAGGACAUUGCUGAACAUGAGCCUGUAUUACCUUUGGAUACACAAUGUGGUAAUUCACUUGAACAAAAUGGCCAAUCUACAAGCCCUAUGGAACUGUCUCCAGUUCUGAGUCCGAUGGACAUGUCUGAGCACACCUCUCCCCAAUGGCAGUGCCGCAUGUGUGAGGAAACAUUUGCAUCAGAAGACAGUGUGAAGCAACAUUGCAUGUCAUUAGAGAGCCAUCACUUUCACAAGUACAGCUGUGACUUGUGUAAAAUGACAUUUCGGAAAACAGAAACGUUACGUCGACACUGUCAGGAAAGGCAUAACAAUGUUGUUCAGAUUAAAUUCUUUUGUGGGUAUUGUGGCAACCUCUUUUUUGAUACUGAGGAGGAGUUUUUCCUUCACUUCAAGGAUAUACAUAGUAUGGAUUACCUGCGUGUGUCUGAGGGAGCAGGGACAUCAAUCAAAAGUCUUGAAGUAGUAGAAGAGAGCAACCUUCUCAAUUGCGGCUGUCGGGAAAAAUACAUCUGCAAAGAAAACAGGAGGGCAGAUUACAAGAGGUGUCAGCAAGCCAUGCUGGGAAAAGGCAAUCUGUGGUUCCGCUGCACUUCAUGUUCCUCAACAGCGCAAAGCUACUCUGACAUGCUGGCUCACCUUGUGAGCCACGCAAACAAACAAACAGGCCAAGAAUUGUAUGUAGUGAGGUGUGGAGCAUGUAACAAAAACUUCAGUGACAUUGCAGUUGCCCAUCAGCACUUUCAUGGUAAACAUUGCUUCUUACAAAAGCGCCAACUAGCCUUUGGAUCUUCAGCAGAAAGUGAUAACUUCCAGUUCUCUGCCAGUGGUUCCUGCAUGGACCAGAAGCCUGAUCAACUGAGGUUUUCCACAAGUACGGCUACAACAAGUACAUCAGAGAAAAGUGUGUUGAAUUUGGGAGAGAUAAACAAAGAACAGGUUAUGAAGCCACAUUGCGAAGGCCUUGGCCAUGAAGACGGAGAUCUACCUGAUCUUGAUUACUUGUGCACCAUGACUCACAUUAUAAUGAUGGAUUUGGAUAACUGGGGAAGCUUUUUUCAUCAGCUGCCUGCUACCCUUAAUCAAGGAACUUUUAUCUGGGGCUUUCAAGGUGGACACAACAACUGGAAGCCACCUGUAAAUUGCAAGAUUUUUAAUUACCUUAACAAGAUUGGGUGUUUCUUCCUCCAUCCACGCUGUGGUACAAGGAGAGAGGCAGCUGACUUUGCCAUCUGUGUGCAUGUGGGCCGUCUAGAUGAACACUUGCCGAAGCAUAUUCCUUUCACUAUUCUUUCUGGAGACAAAAGCUUUAUAGAGCUGGAGAACCAGCUUAAGAUGACUCAACGGGCAACCCGCAUUCUAGAUCCUCAUAAGAUUGAUGCCAAUAUGAUGUGUGCCUUAUUAAACAGCAUUUCAGAUACAGCCAAAGAAAGUGAAGAAAAUACCCGAGUGGCAAUGCAACAGUUUUUGGAAGAAACAAAGGGCCAAAAGGAGGAAGAUGCAGAAUUUCAAGAAGCAAUUAGGCGGAGUCUUGAGGAAAUGUGAAGUUUCCCGUGAUUAGUGCAGCAAAACAUCCGAAUUGCUUCCAAGUAGUUGAAAUUUGUUCAUCUUUUUAUAAAGAUUAAAGAAAAAAAUACUGGUUAACAUUUCAAGGCUCGAUGGUACUUUAAAGACCUGAGUUAUAUCAGCAACACAUAAAUACAAUAAGAAAUGGAACUGAAGCGCGCUUAACUGUACACUGGAUUUCAAUCAGCAUACUUCAUUGCUCAAGCAAUAAUAGUAUAUGAAAAUGUGGUAAGCUAAAGUAUACGUAAAGCUCAAGAAUAUGGCAGUUUCCCUUCUUUAGUUUCUUCUACCUAGUCUGAAAACUAGGUUCACUUUGCGAUUUAUUCUAUCUUUCUCUCUUUUUAUAACUUUCCUUUUUGGAUUUUAAUGUACUACUUCUUUUGGAAACAUUGCUAAUCCUGUUGCAUGUGUAUUUCUAGCACAAACAUUGCAAUUGUUACAAGUAUUAAAUCCUGAUUUUCUGGGACCAUCUUGUCUUUGUCGAUCAGUUCAUAGAAAGAAGAUUAAGCAUGAAUACUGAAAUUUACAGUGUACAGGUAAAUUUGUUUGGUGGCUUCAUUCGACUCAUGAACUACAGACAACUCAUGAACUAAAACAGGGUCGAAGAUCUAGUUAUUUUCUGUUGCCUGUAUAUUUCUUAUGUAUAUUUUAUUUUGAGGAUGAAUUCAAUGACAAUUUAUUGAAUGUUUUGUUUAUAUUUUGUUUCCUGUUUUAUUAAUAAUCCAGCAAAUUAUUUUCCCUUUUUGUCUAAUCUGAAUAACGUAACUUCACAAAGACAAGACCUUUCUAUGUUCCUACAUGGUUAAUUUAUUGUGGUUAUUUCUCAAGAGUAUAAUUCUACAUGGUUAAUUUAUUGUGGCUAUUUCUCAGAGCAGAAUUCUAUAUUUGAGCGUAAUUAAAAUAUCAACUAUUUUUGUAUUAUGUUCUCAUUUCAGACAAAUGCUGUUUGAAAGGUUUCAUCUAUCUUUUCUCAUCCAUAUGCACACAAAUUUCGCGACUCAGUUUCUCUAGUUAUGUUCACAAUGCAUAGAGGAGUGGAAUGGAGAAGGUGUUGAUUUUAAACCUCUGAUUUCACUGCAGGCCUCCUAAAGAUGUGUUUUGUGUUACAGCUAAUGUAGGCAUUUUGUUGCAUAAAAUUGCUUAUAUGUCAAUCCAUACAUACAAUAAAAAUGUCAAGAAAA